UCAGGAAAAAAAAAAAAAAAAAAAAAACAAAUCAAACAAAAAUGCUAUCACAACUCUUUGUUGGUUAGCCUUCAUCUUUCCUUAAAUCUACAGGAUUACUUGUAAAAUUCUUACACUAUGACGGUCAAAUUCCACUCUCUUCUCUUCAUUCUUUCCGCAAUUAUCGCUACUGCACUCUCAAGCGAUCUUCCUUUGUACAGAGAAGCACCGGCAUUUCGAAACGGUGAAGAAUGUCCCAAAACGGCAUGGUCCUCACUACACAAAAAACCACUCAAUCCUUCAGAUGUUAUUCACCUCGCGAUGACUCUCGACUCCACCUACCUUCGUGGCUCAGUCGCCGGCGUCUUCUCCGUACUCCAACACUCCACGUGUCCCGAAAACAUAGUCUUCCACUUCAUCAGCACUCAGCGCCAGCGCCCUGAGUUACACCGCAUCAUCGCCGCCACAUUCCCAUCCUUAAAUUUCCGAAUCUAUAACUUUGACACCAAUCUCGUCAAAGGCAAGAUCUCGUAUUCGAUUCGACAAGCGUUAGAUCAACCGUUGAAUUACGCGAGAAUUUACUUGGCUGAUCUUUUACCGACGGGUGUCGGCCGCAUUAUUUACUUUGAUUCGGACCUCAUAGUGGUUGAUGACGUGGCGAAAUUAUGGAGUAUUAACUUAAGAGGACAUGUGCUUGGCGCACCGGAGUAUUGUCACGCAAAUUUCACAAACUAUUUCACGUCAAAGUUCUGGUCAAACCCGCUGUUUGCGGGGAUUGUUAAAGAGAAAAAGCCUUGUUAUUUUAAUACGGGGGUGAUGGUGAUCGAUUUAUGGAAAUGGAGAGAAGGAAAAUACACAGAGAAAUUGGAGUACUGGAUGAGAAUACAAAAGACGUACAGGAUUUAUGAGCUGGGGUCAUUGCCUCCAUUCUUGCUCGUGUUUGCUGGUGACGUUGAAGAAAUUGAGCACAGGUGGAACCAACAUGGACUUGGCGGAGAUAAUCUUCGAGGAUUGUGUAGAAACGUUCACCCUGGUCCGGUUAGUUUGCUUCAUUGGAGCGGUAAAGGUAAACCUUGGUUGAGAAUUGACGCAAAGAAACCUUGUCCGUUAGAUUACCUUUGGGCCCCCUAUGAUCUGUUUCGUCAUAAGCCCUUGUUCUCUGAUGGUUGAUGAGAAGAUAGUUCAAAUCCAAUAGAAUUAUGUGAAUAUAUUUUGAGUAUAUAAAUAAGUAAAUAUUUUAUGUAUAUUAUUAUAUAAUUAAAUAUUUUUAAAUUAAUGAUAUUUAAUUAUAUAAUAAUAUACAUAAAUAUAUUUUUAUUUGUAUAUUUAAAAUAAAUAAAUAAAGUAUUAUUCUAUUAACAAAUUACUCUGAUCAACGGCCGGGAGUUUUGUUUAAAAUGGGUGGAUUUGAUGAAGGGAACAGUAGGUGGAACACGAAGAUUGGAUGAAGACGUUUGUGGAUGUAAAUGUAUCCUAAUGGGUUUGAUUUUGAUAUAAAAACAGUGGAAAAUAGGGCAGGCUUCAGUCAGGCGGUUCUCCUUUCCGCUUGUUUGGACAAUGUAAA